GGAACAGGCGACGAAACAAUCGGAGCGAGUAUUAUCAAAGCUACGUUUCCGAUGUGAGGGGAGGGUGAUGGUGUGUAUGUGGAAAUAUGAACGUGUGACAAGUUAUUAUAAUUAAUAUGAAAGCUGGGUUUGAAUUUACGCAUUAAUAACAGAGAGCAAUCUGUGGUCAGCAUACUUGUUAGAUUGCUGUUGGUGAUAGUUCGUGAUAGCCACGUCGUGACAUGCGAAGAGACUUGUAAAAGCAGUUCGAUGAACGUACUCCAGCAGACAUAAAAUGUGCAAGACGAAGUGACAGUAAUAAUUCACUUAAAUGACCUGUGCGUUGUGCUAAUCAAAUUCACAGAAUUAUUGUAUAAGAGUUAUGGAUUUUCUUUUGCCUCUUGUAAUGAAACGUCAUGCUUCUAAAUAUGAAGUUCUGGAAGUCGAGCAUUACAGUAUGAUGUCCUAUAUUCACCCUCGACUGUGAAAGAGAUAAUGUUUGGAAUUCAUCAAUAGCAGAAGGGACAUUCAUUUUUGUUUUGUUCGUUUCUACGGACUCGCGUGAAUCGACGAAAGAGAUGGACAGCUCCGAAUACGAAUUGGUUAGAAAUAUGACAUUACUUUUCUUCUUCGAGAAGUUAAUGGACAAGGGAGGUCCUCGUACUCUUCAUGACCUCAGUUGCCAGUUUGGAGCGAAAGGGUUUACGAAAGAAAUGCGUCAAAUUGCCGGAGGUUCGCAGUCCGGCCUCAAAAAGUUCCUCGCCCAGUAUCCUGCCCUUUUCUCCAUUGAUGGUGACCAUGUGUAUGUCAAUUCAUUUACUAGUGUAAAUAAUGAAAAUGAUUACAAAGGAGGAAUAAAAUAUGUUAGUGGUAAACGAGAUUAUGCUCAAGAGGCAGUGCAAUAUUUUUGUAAUAAAUUGAUGCAGUAUGGUGUUGGAACUGAAGUUCCAAUUAAGAGCCUGCUUGGCCAUCGAUCUCAGGCUUCUCCAGAAGUGAGGCAUAUCUCUGGACAGCAUGCCAGAGAGUUCAGAGAUUUUUUGUGUAGAUAUCCAGAAGCGUUUGUGGUAAAAGAUGAUUGUGUUAUUUUGAAAGAAUAUGAGGAUAAAGAACCUCAACCUUUUUGUGAAUUGGAGCAAAUAAAAGUGGAUCCUGAGGUGACUUCAAGUUUGUUAAGUUUUUUUACUCAAUGUAUUGAAGUGAAAGGUCCUAUGCUAGUAGAUCAGCUCUUCCACAAUGUUGCUUCUCGAUUUCCAAACGAAGAGUGGUCUUGCAUCUUCAAAACACCUCAAGAUCUUUCAACAUUUUUGAAAAUGCAUUCUGAUGCUUUUCAUGUGCAGUCUAAUCUUGUGACCUUAGUAUCUCCAAGAAGUUCUUCUCUGUGUGCAGAUUCAUCUGUGAAUGUCAAUCAGAUAAGUGAAGAUGUUUCUCAGAGGCAUAAUAAAAUUGGUUCAGGGAUUGUGAACAGUCAAUCUUCACAAAUCUCUACUACAAUUCCGUUAACAACUCCAGUAAAUAAUAAUCAAUGCAGCAACAGUAGUCAGACAGGCUUACAGUCUAAUGUAAAUAUUCAGAAUCAAAGCCUGAAGCAACGUGUUAAUUCCGUAGUUAUGAAAACUCUGGCCGACAAUACUGAGAAAGAUAGAAGUUAUGCUGCUACAACUUUAAGUGGUGAAGGUGUUGCGGCUGGUGGUGAAAAUAGGAAGAUUAAAGUGCUUCAAUCUACACGUGUCAUUGCAAGUGUGAAAGAAUCAUUGCAAAUUGUAGACAAAAUAUUGUGUCGUGCCAAAUCUGGGAAAAAAGUUGCUAUUUCAUUUGAUUGUGAAGGAGUUAAUUUGGGAGUGAAAGGUCAACUUACAUUAUUUCAGAUAGGAACAUGUAGUGGACAAGCUUACAUUUUUGAUCUAGUUACCUGCCCCAAACUUGUGAAAGCUGGUGGUUUACAGUGCCUUUUGGAAUCUGAAGACGUAACUAAGGUCAUUCACGAUUGUCGAAAUGAUAGUGUAAAUUUAUACAAUCAAUAUGGGAUUACUUUACGAAAUAUCUUUGAUACGCAGGCAGCACAUGCAAUUCUUCAACUCCAAGAACUUGGAAAACCAGUGCAUAAAGUAAAAAAUGUCAGUUUGAAUGCACUCUGCGAGUUAUAUGAUGCUCCUAUUAAUCCAAUGAAGGACCAAUUAAAAAAUGUGUAUAGACGUGAUCAAAGAUACUGGGCACGUCGUCCGUUGUCUAGGGAUAUGAUGAUUUAUGCUGCUGCUGAUGUUUUGUCUCUUGUCCCUCAAGUAUAUGAAGCUAUGGUCAACCUUAUAAGACCAGAAUAUGAAUCUUUACUGCACGAGUUGUUUGAAGAACAAAUUUUCAUGCACAUACGACCUAAUGACGUCAAACAACGAAAGAAGCAGAGAAAAGUAGAAAUUGAAGUUGCAGAUUUAAGGCAAAAACUUGCAAAUGUACAGAGUAAAAGUAUAGUUUUGAGCAAUCGAGAGAUAAGACUUCUAAGAUAUCUAGAUUUAACUGAAGAGGAAAAAGAAAAAUUGAAAGGAUCACACAAAGUUGCCAGAAAACUUGAAAAGUUGGAAAAUGCUGGACAGGAUAGAGAUGCAAAGAGCGAUGAUGAUGAGGAUGAUGAUGAUGAUGAUGAAGGAUGCAAUGGGGAAGAGUAUCCCAGCUUGGACAGUUUUAAUAGUGGUAAAACAUCUCCUUCUGAAAAUUCCUUGUCAGGUGGAGUUAUUUCUCCUAGAACACCAACAUCGGAACCUCCAAGUCUUACAGAAUCUAUGCAAUUAAUGGAUGAAAUUCUUUCUGAUGGAAAUAUGGAUAGAUUUGAAAAAUUGGAUAGAUUAGAGAGUAUACUAUCUGCUGCAACUUGUGCUGUUAUCUCAUCUGCAAAUAAUUCUCAUCAGGUAAACGCUGGGUCUUCUGUUAGCAACAUUUCAAAGGAUGCUGCUAAUAGUUGCUGUAGAUGUAAUUGCCAUAAUAAAAAUCCUUCUGUUGGCAAUUCAAACAUAAGCAAUACAAAGACAUAUGACAUUAGUAAUGUCAUGUCAUUGGAUGUGGCUUGUCAGACAUUGUCAACUGGUGACAUAGUUAUUACUCGAAUUUUCUUCACAGAAGAAGAAAAGGAAAGAGAAAAAACACUGACAUCAUCUCCAAAGCUAUCUUGGCUACGACCUUGAAUUAAAAAAAAAAAAAAAUAAUGCUGUACCUACGGUUAAGUAAGUAAAUGGUGCCAGCAACAGUGUUGCUUAUUGUCCGUUAGUUAUUUGUAGCAUACUACCGAGUGUGAGUUGGCAGUACUCAAUAAACAUAUGUUUAUUACCAUGCAAUAGUCUUGUUUAUAUGUGAUGUAUUAAUUAUGUACAACAUUAAUGCUUAUUCUUUGUUUCAACAUAAUUGAUUAUAUUAAAAAAUCAGAGCCUCAGGAUUUUAUCUAUCUAUUUAAUAUAAAGUGAUUAGUGGUUAAUGGGAAAGCAAAGGUUUGUGAUAUUUAAUAACUUGUCAUUGUAGUAUAUUCUAAUUAUUCACAUAUGGCCACCAGUUGCAUUAAAGUAGAUUUGACUAAUAUGAAUACAGUAAUAAUAUGCAUUGUUUUCCUUUUGUGCACACAUUGCAUUGACAUUUUUCAAUGAGGUAAUUGUAUGACUGCUAUCAAACAUUAAUUUAUUGUAAAACUAACAAAGAUCUUUGUAAUGUAAAAGUAGGUUUUGGUUUAUGGAUAUUUCAAUGGAAAGCCUCAUAUGUAACGUCUUCCAGGGAAAGGCAGCUUCCAAUGUUUAGAGGAAAUAAGAAUUGAUGUUUCUGCUGACAUUUCUGGUUUCUCUGAAAACUGAAUUUUAUAAGCUCGUUAUAUUGAAUAAGUGAUAAAUGCAUGAAUUAUUGUUUGUGUCAUUUCAAUUACGCUGUAUGUUUUAUCUAGUGUUCUUUGAUCUUUUUAUACUUGGGUCACUGCAGCAGGUAUUGUAGAUAUAUUGCACCAUUAGUCUAUUUAAAACAAUGUGAGGAGACUAAUAUGCAGUUGUUUGAACUUGUGUAUGCCACAAUUGCUGUAUUUGGUCCACAAUGCAACUUCAGUAACAUUUUAGGACUGCAUUAUCAAAAUAAUAGAUACCACAUGUGAUAAAUGUCUCUAAAAUUGGGAAAAGUUCCAUAAGUUAUUGUAUGAUAUUUUAGAUUGCUUGCAAGAUUUAAAGUGUCCGUCCAUAAAUGUAUGGUGCAGUGCAAUGUCCAUGUGAAUGUAAAUAUUGUGUGCAUGCAUGUUUACAGGUACAUGAGAGUCUAUAUGUAAAAACAAUUGUAAUUUAAUUCUUCUUGCAAAAAUUUUUAUCUUUGACAUGUAGCACUGCUACUACCACGUUUUGCUAAUAUUUAGACAAUACUUUGGUAUAUAAAAUUGUAAAGAGUAUGAAACUGCAUAAUUAUGAUAGUAAUAUUUAAUUUAUUGUUGAUAGCAUGAAGUUCAACAUAAAUGAGAAUGUCUUCCCUGCUAAUAUUGUUGGGAAAAUUUAUAUCUUGUCUAUGGAAUCUAUUAGUACUGUUUGUAAGUCAUUUUUGAAGAUAUAUUAUUAACAAGAAAACCAUGUUUACCUGAAACUUGUCAUCUAGUGUUGGUCUUUUGACUAUAUUUCAGUUAUUUUAUCCAUGUUUUAAUUGUAUGGUCUUCUAUGAAUUUUUCCUUCAUUGGAGAACGUAAUAUAAUGUAAAUAAUUCUAUCUUCUUAAUUGUAUAUUAUCUACUCCCUCUCCUUAUUUGUUCGCAUAAGAUUCUUUUCUGAUAUGAUAGAUUAUUAUUGCAAUUGACCAUUACAUAAAGUAACUAGGUUUCCCUUUUUAAUGAGAAUUCUGAGUUGCAAAUCAACUUAUAGGGAGUCUAGCUACUGGCUUCUUGUCUCUUGAACACUUUCUUAAUGGCAUCUCAUAAUAUUAAAUUAUAAAACUUCUGUCUACCGUACCUGCUGUAUAUUCAGACUGGUGGCAGGGAUUGUAUGUGGAAAGAAAUUCCAAACGUAUUGAAGCAAUUCAAGAAAUAUCUUAUGAUAUUUUGGGGAUAGUGAUGGGACAUGAGGGGGUGGCCAAUAUACAUGUGUAUGGGCCUCACCAAAUAUAUUUAAUGUUACUUCUAGACUACCGUGCUCAAGUAAACCAUAAAAUACAUAAAUAAUAUUAAUAAUAAAAUAAAGAAUAAUUAUCUAUUCUGUACAUAGUAUAGUUGAUCUGAGAAGAAAUAAUUUGAAAAUGAGGUUUGUGUGGAACACUAGAAAAACACUAGAAGACACUAUUUAACGGCAUUGUACAUAUAGUAGGAAGCAUACAGCAGUAUUGAGAGCAAAUAUUAUUUGUUUUUGUUCUACAAUUUACAUUAAAGGAUGCAGUGCAUUACUGCUUUGUAGGAGAAUGUCUUUUUAAAACAAGAUUUUUCCUAAAAUGUUUUUCUAAUUGUAAUAUGGAGGGUUGACUGCCUUCUACAAUGAAGGAAGUUCUUAUGAAGUAAUUAUUAACAAUGAUAUUAUUUUAUUGU